AUGGUAUGUUAUAUUUGUUUAGAACAUAAUGAUCAUAAUGUUGUAUCAAGUUCAUUGGAAACACAUGAAAUUAUACUUAAAUACUCAAAUUUAUUUGAUUUUGAUCAAUUAUUAAUUUCAAUUCAAAUUGGAUCUAUAGAAAAAACUUGUGUUAGUGAAGCCUUAAAAACAGUAAAUAAAAUGAAUGAUGAAUUCGAUUCAAUAUCAAUGAUUAAUAAUGAAAAACGAACAUCAGCUGCUAAACUUGUUAAUCAAUCAGUGUGGGAGUUAAAACUAGCCGAGUUAUAA